CAGGCUCCGGCAGCUCCAAGAUGGCGACUCCCAUGCAUCGGCUCAUAGCUCGGAGACAGGCUGAAGCCAAUAAGCAACAUGUAAGAUGUCAGAAAUGCUUGGAAUUUGGACAUUGGACAUACGAAUGCAAAGGAAAAAGAAAGUACCUGCACAGGCCUUCCAGAACAGCGGAGCUGAAGAAAGCUUUAAAAGAGAAAGAAAACAGAUUCUUGCAGCAAAGCAUUGGAGAGACUAAUGCAGAGAGAAAGAUCAAGAAGAAGAGGUCUAAGAGUGUCACGAGUUCCAGUACCUCUAGCAGUGACAGUUCGGCCAGUGAGUCUUCAUCAGAGAGCGAGACAUCUGCCUCAUCCUCCUCAGAGGACAGUGACUCAGACGACAGCCGCUCUAGCUCCUCCUCCUCAGUUUACACCUCCUCGUCUUCCUCCUCCUCGGACUCAGACUCGGACUCCAGCUCCUCCAGCAGCAGCAGCAGCAGUACAGAGAGCAGCUCUGAUGAUGAGCCGCCCAAGAAGAGGAAAAAGAAAUAGAACUCUCCCUACACUGGACUAAUGGACCAAAAACAUCAGUUUGACUCACAGGGGAACUGAAAACAUGCUCAAGCAAGCAAGUUAGCUGGUCAGCUUGUUAGAAUUCAGAACUUUCUAAGUAUUUGCCAUUGUAUGAAAUAUUAAUAAAAGAUAUUAUAUAUAUAUAUAGAUAGAUAGAUAUAAGACAUUUAUUUUAGGAAUGAAUAUUGUGUUCUUGCUGUUUUUCUUUUCUUUUUCUGUUUUUUUGCUAUUUUUCUGUUUUUCUUCUUUUAAAGAUGAGAGGGUUUCUCUUUAUAGGCCUGGCUGGCCUGAAACUCACUAUGUAGAAGAGGCUGGCCUUGAUUUUACAGAUCUACCUGUUUCUGCUUCUCCUAGAAAUGUGCCACCAUGUUCAGCUUUUGUUGUUGACUUUUUUUCCCUAGUAUUUUAAGUGUAUCUAUAAAAACAUAAAGCUGAAAACUAGGAAAUCUGUUUCAAUGAUAAGGCAUUUUUUCUGCCUGUGACCUGGAUACUUUAUGUGGGUAUGUGGUAAGGAGUAUAUAGGACAGGCUUUGAAGAUACCGUAUCAGAAUAUCAAGAAGUUGCUCUUUUUGCUGUGUUUCUUAUGUGAGAUUUGAUACAUUGUUAUAGCAAUUGUAGCUUUCCUACCGUUAAUAAAUGUAUUUUUUUUAUGUUUGUGCUCAGAAA